CUACUUUGUGUGUCUGUGUUUUCUUGCAGCCGGUAAACAUACUGUUGACGAUAUCUAUGACACCUACUUAAAAAAACUGAAGUACGUGCAUAUUGAAAAUAGUGUAUUAUAACAUGGGCAACUGCUUGAAAAUCAUUUAAUAGUUAUGAACUGAAUGAACAGAGCUUGUGUAGACUUAAUAUGAAGAAGUAACGUAAAAUUAAUGAGCGCUAUGGAACACUUGCUAUUAUCGUCAAAAUUUCACAUAGGCUAGCUCAUAUACUAAAUCACUGCAUAAAUGCAUGUAUAAAAACUGUAAAUAUACUCAGGCAAUAGUUCGUAUUUGUGAAAAGUAUGGAAGUUUUCUUUAAGGUCGAAGUGAACUUUUCAUAUUUUAACAAAAAUUGGCCUGUAUAGGAAAGGAAAAUCUAUUAAGUGUGAAAUAUCUAAAAUUAAAUUUGGAUAAAUUUUUUAAUUUCACCAACUCCAUUUGAACUCAUGUGGGACACAUGUAAUUGUGUCAUAUAUAACACGUUACAUCAAAUAAGCCUGUUUAUAGACCUUCUUAAUGCAAACAUAAAACCUUAUGUGAGUGAAAUAUGUAGUGGCUCAUAAAAAAGGAAAGUUGAAAAUUCCAUAUACUUACUCAUACAGAUAUGUGUGUGCUAAGUAACAUGUCAUUUAGAAAGAAAGCAACUUGAAUGUGCAUAUACUUUUUCACUCAAUAAAGAAAUCUUAUAUCUGUGGCAUAUGUGAUAAGGGGGGAUGUUUCCCUAACCAACACUUAGCAAAAUUUCGGAUUUGUUUACAUCAGAAGAGAGUGUACAUGUAACAAAUGCUUACUAAUGCAGACAACAAACAAAAUAGUUACAACUCACUGAGAAAAAAAAAAAAAAAAAGAGUAAACUUUUAUCUCCUCUUUUAAGCUUCUUCACAUGUAUAUCCUUUGCAUAUAGCAUAAUUAUCAUUUGUAUAGCAAGUCAUUUAGAAGAAAGGAUACUUAUGACAAAUACUUGAUGAAAAAACUUUAUGUGUAUGCUUCUGCGAUAUGCAUAUCUACUUUAAAUGUUUGAAGACAUAUGCAUAUUCAAAAUAGAAUAAAAGUGAUUAAAAAGUGUUAUUUUGACACAGAAGAGAAAUGACAUGUAUCUAUGAAAUUAUUUAGAAAAAACAGUAAUUUAAACAUGCAUAUGCUUAUCGACAACGAAGAAAAAUCUUUUGUAUCUGAGGUACAUAAGGAGUCAUUCAACACAUUAGUGUUUUAAACAGUGUCCGAGAGAAAUCUGGCGUGUGUGAAAUAUGCAACAAAUCAUACAGCCGAAAGCGUGAUUUAAAGAGGCAUGUGCUUAUUCACACAGGACAGAAACCUCAUGUGUGCGAGGUGUGUAAUAAGUCAUUUAUAGAAAAGGAUAAAUUAAAUAUGCAUAUGCUUGUUCAUACAGGAGAAAAACCUCAUGUAUGUGACAUCUGUUUCAAAUCAUUUAGAAUGAAGUGUUUUUUAAAUACACAUAUGUUUAUUCACACAGGAGAAAGGCCUCAUGUGUGUGAGAUAUGUAACAAAUCAUUUAAACUAAAGCAUACUCUAAAUAGCCAUUUAUUUUUUCACACAGGAGAAAAACCUUACAUGUGUGAGAUUUGUAAUAAGUCAUUCAGAGGAAAGAGUAAAUUAAACAUUCAUAUGCUUAUCCACACAGAAGAAAAACCCCAUGUGUGUGAGGUAUGCAAUAAGUCAUUUAGAGAAAAAAGUAAAUUAAACUUGCACAUGCUUCUUCACACUGGAGAAAAACCUCAUGUGUGUGAUGUCUGUUAUAAAUCAUUUAGACUAAAGCCUACUUUAGAUAAACAUAUGCUUCUUCACACAGGAGAAAAACCUUAUUUGUGUGAGGUGUGUAAUAAAUCAUUUAGAGAAAAGGGUACCUUAAAGAGCCAUGUACUUAUUCAUACCGGAGAGAAGCCUCAUAUGUGUGAGAUAUGUAAUAAAUCAUUUGCAUACAAAUAUGCUUUAAAUAGUCAUUUGCGUAUUCACAUAGGAAAGAAAUCUUAUGUGUGUGAGGUAUGUGACAAGUCUUUUAGAGCAAGAAGUGAUUUAAAUAGGCAUAGGUUUAUUCACAUUGAAGAGAAACCUUAUGUAUGUGAGAUAUGUAACAAAUCAUAUGGACAAAAGAGUGAAUUGAAGAAGCAUAUUUAUACCCACACAGGAGAGAGACCUUGUGUGUGUAAGGUAUGUAAUAAGUCAUUCCGACGAAAGAGUACUUUAAAUAGCCAUAUGCUUAUGCACACAGGAGAGAGACCUCAUGUGUGUGAAAUAUGUAACAAAUCAUAUAGACGAAAGCGGGAUUUAAACAACCAUGUUCAUCAUCACACAGGAGAGAAACAUUAUGGGUCAGGUAUGUAAUGAAUAAUUUGGUCAAAAGUCUAACUGGAAGGCACAGUGCAUUCCCAUACAUAAAAAAAGCUGGUACACUUCCAUUUUCAGACUGUAACAAAUCAUCAGUAAUGCUGAAAAUGAUUAUGGUAAUCCUAUUGCAAGGAAGUGGGCAUAAUAGUAAACAACUGUUUAAGAAUAUCAUUUUAAUUUAGAUGAAAGGUUAACCUCAUAUACAACAUUUUUUUAGUGCAAUCCAUAAAAAGUAUUAAAAUGGCUAAGCAUAACUGAAAUUAAACAUGAGGGAUAAAAAAUUUUCUCUCUUGUGGAGAAAAAUUCCAUUUAUUUUGUGUGUAAACGUCUCCACAUCAGUUUGAAAAAAUACGAACUCAGAUACUGUCAAGCAGUGCCGUGAUUGUGUUUAUUGUGUUAUUUAGGACAACCCUACAGUUGUUCUACUGUUUGUGCAUGACAUCCACUUUAGGGGUCCACAAAUUUCACUUUAGGUUAACAGUAAAAUAUUCAAAGCCAGCAUUUUGUAAUUUAUCUGACUUAUAUGCUUUUUAUCAUUCAGUAUAAAUAAUGCUUGCUUUUAUGAUAGUUAUCUUUAUCAUUUUCAUUAAAGUUUCUGCCAAUCACAGUUUGGAACAGCAACAAAAACAAAACAACGUUCAGUUGAUUCUCUGCACAAUCCACCAAAAACUCAUCGUGGCUAAAGAACAUGCUCGGUGUUGUUCUUUCUUCAAUGAAAAAGCUUCCGUCUUCUUUAAUAAUUUUGUCACCUGUGCCAGUUAUGAACAUAGGCCGAGAAAUUAAAUGUGACUCACACCUCAUGCCUGUUAACUUCCAAUCUAGUGUUAUACUGUAGUUCAUAAAAUUCAAUAGAUAUCAUCGCUUGACUCUAAAAUUAGAUGAACCUAAUGUCUGUAAAGUUUUUUUAAUCCUUAAAACCAAUUUUGUGUUUUUAAUUCUUUCUUAUUACAGGAGUCUUUCUUGUAGUGCCAUUUUGCUGUUAAGUCAUCAAUAAAACACAGAUUCACUUCUUGUUCUUCGAGCAUAUCAUAAAUGAUGCCUUUUUGAAAAAAUUCUGUUGCAGACUUUUCAGUCUUGGGCAAUAAAAAAAUUGUUAGAUCCA